AAUGUACAUGUGCUGUUGAACUUGAAUGAAUUAGUGUAAUUUUUUUUGUAGAAAAGUAGAAGUACAAGUAAGUAGAAGAAUGUAAAUAUUUGCUUUAAAUGAACAUAAAAUGAUUAAAUAUAUAACUAAAUAUCUGACAUAGGCCUGUUGUGAUAAUAUAGUGGGGAAAAAAUAUAAACAGUAAAUGAUAAUAUUGAAUCCCAUUAUGCCACUGACAUGAUAAACCUAAAGCAGAUUUUCCCAAAAAUAGAUUCUAAAUAUACAGCUCUGGUAGAUACCGAUAGACAUGAGCUCCAAUACAAAUGAAACACUUCAUGUGUCACAGAAGUUACUAAGUUACUCAGAAAAGUACAAAAAAUAAAAUACAAAAAAAACCUACUAUCACCAUUACCGCUAGUACAAAGCAAAAAGUGCCCAUGAUAAAUUUGAAUAACUGUCUGAGCUGUCAUGUAUUGAAUGAUAAGUCAAUCUAACACAAUACAUUUCUUUAAAGUCCAAAUUUAAUUUUGUAUCCAGUUGUCACCUCUUUAUAUUUAUUUUUAUAUAGACCCAUAAUAAAAUAGUAAUAAACAUAAUAAACAGCAGAGGAGCAGAGGUUGACUUUUUGCCAAGGCAGCAGCAGCAGCUCUGUGUGAAACCUGAGCCAUGCACCUGCCAGUUGUUGAUGAUCCUGAAUGUUCAGAGGAGCACAGGAUCUGCUCUGACAGUGUCUCAAAAUGACUGGCAUAGAUAAGGAGGCACUACACAACUAGACCCAAGUCGUGCUUUUGAAAGAUUCAAAGCAACUGAACUGAACUCAGCUAUGGCUAAUUUACCAGACAUCAGUGCUCCCAAGACAUCAAAACGUACCCCUGAUUUAUUUGAAAUGAUUGCGAGGAUGCAGGGUAACAGGAUGGAUGAACAAAGAUGCACCUUUCCUCCCCCACUCAAGACAGAAGAGGACUACAUUCCAUACCCAAGUGUACACGAGGUGCUAGGCAAAAAAAGCCCAUUUCCUCUUAUCCUCCUGCCACAGUUUGGGGGCUACUGGAUCGAAGGAACCAAUCACGAAGUGGCAGACACACUGGACUCAGAGCAGGUGCCACCGCUGUCCCCCAACACAAGAACUAAACUGGAAUGUAACACAACAGCCAUGCUCUAUCGCAAACACUUCCUGGGAAAGGAACACUUUAAUUACUAUUCAGUCGACACCGCUCUUGGACAUCUGGUCUUCUCACUAAAAUACGAUGAGAUUGGAGAUCAGGAGCAUCUACGGCUAAUGCUCAGGACCAAGCUGAAAACAUACCAUGAUGUCAUCCCCAUCUCCUGCCUCACAGAGUUCCCCAAUGUGGUGCAAAUGGCUAAGCUUGUCUGUGAAGAGGUCAAUGUGGAUCGCUUUUACCCUGUUCUUUACCCCAAAGCUUCAAGACUCAUUGUGACCUUUGAUGAACAUGUGAUCAGCAACAAUUUCAAGUUUGGAAUCAUCUACCAAAAGUUUGGACAGACAUCAGAAGAGGAGCUAUUUGGCAACACGCAUGAGAGCCCUGCGUUUGUCGAAUUUCUGGAAUUUCUGGGAGAAAAGAUUGAGCUGCAUAACUUUAAAGGUUUCCGAGGGGGUCUUGAUGUUACCCAUGGGCAAACUGGGACAGAAUCCAUCUACUGCAACUACCGCAACAAGGAAGUGAUGUUCCAUGUGUCGACAAAGCUACCUUAUACAGAGGGAGACACGCAGCAGCUUCAAAGAAAGAGGCACAUAGGGAAUGAUAUUGUGGCCAUUGUAUUUCAAGAGGAGAACACUCCAUUUGUGCCAGACAUGAUUGCAUCUAACUUUCUUCAUGCUUAUAUUGUGGUUCAAGUGGUCAACCCCUGCUCUGACAAUGUUUUAUAUAAGGUGUCAGUAACAGCAAGAGAUGACGUACCUUUCUUUGGUCCAGCUCUACCGAGCCCUGCGGUUUUUACUAAAGGUCCUGAAUUCCAUGAAUUCCUUUUCACUAAGUUAAUAAAUGCAGAGUAUGCUUGUUACAAAGCAGAAAAGUUUUCAAAAUUAGAAGAGCGGACACGGUCUGCGUUGUUAGAAACCCUGUAUGAGGAGCUCCAUAUGAAUAGCCAGGCCAUGAUGGGCGUCGGAGGGGACGAUGACAAACUGGAGAACGGGAGUGGUGGAGGAGGGGGCUUCUUUGAAUCUUUUAAGCGGGUGAUCCGCAGCAGGAGCCAGUCCAUGGACGCCAUGGGUCUAGCUUUCAAGAGGCCACACACAGUCUCCACUAGCCUCAGCGGCAGCUUUAACCACAGUCCCACAGACAGUCCCAAAUUCCCAGGGAUAUCAUUGCUUGUCCCAGGCAAAAGUCCCAGUAAAUAUGGACGUCGAGGCAGUGCCAUAGGGAUAGGAACAGUAGAAGAGUCGUUGAUAAUUCCUGGAAAAAGUCCAACCAGGAAAAAGUCUGGUCCCUUUAGUUCCAGACGAAGCAGUGCUAUUGGUAUUGAGAACAUUCAAGAGGUCCAAGAGAGGAGUAGGGACAGUUCACCACACACACAGAAGACUCCUGACAGUGGUCACGUCUCCCAAGAUCCAAAAUCUGACAACUCGUCCAAUCAGAGCUCUCCUGAAGUGCUCAACACAGCUAAGAACAGUUCUUGUCUCUGUGGCAGGGCUCCUUCCAUUGCUGAGGGUCAUGACCUCUCCCGUUCCUCCUCCAACGCCAGCAGCUUCGCCAGUGUGGUAGAGGAGAACGAGACGGAGGCAACAGAGGACUAUGAUACUGGGAUGGAGAGUCUGUCUUCUGCUGGAACUCCACACAAGAGAGAUUCACUGACCUACAGCACGUGGCUGGAGGACAGCAUCAGCAGCACUAGCAACACCAGCCGAGGUAGUUCCCCAGGGCCUGGUAAAACGGACCGAGUGAAGGGAGCAGAUAUUCGUAUAAAACUAGAACGACCAUACGAACAUCACUCCUCAUCAAAUUGUUAGUCCUAUCCACAAAGGUUUCCCCUGGAUUUCCAUAAUCAAGUUGACCAUUCCUAUUACAAGUUACAGCCCUUAUGGGAGAGAAGUCUAAGACGAAAGAACUUGUGAGGAGCAGGAAGCAGAGGAGGAGCACAGCGCUCUGGAGCUGCUCGGUGAAGACAGGGCUGGCGUGAAUCAUGCACCAGGACGGCCCAGUGUUUGCACAAUGUUGUUUCCUUUCACUCUUUACUACUCAUGUGUCUACGGACUCAAUGUUAUUUUUUACAUUUUUGUUUUAUUAAGAAAAUAUGAGCCAGGUUUGAAGGACAGUGCAAGUGUAAACUUGAGAUUGAUACAACACAGAGCCAUUAUUCCUAACACUGAAUAUGAGAUAAUAUUAACAAUAAUAAUAUGAAAAUGGCUUUUGUUUAACAAAAAUCUUUUGAUUUAUUACUAAUGGAAUGGCCUUAAAGCAUUUUCAAAGCAUGUUUAUAAUUUUAAUUGUUCACCUCUCACAAUUAAGCCAAAAAGUGAACAUCAGUGUUAAAAAAUAGACAGUGAAACUACAUUAUGUGUACAAUAUGAUAAAAAAGUAAUAUAAGGAUCAAUUACAUAUUUCAAUUUAUUGUCUGCUGUCAGUUAUUGUUAAUGUCUAUUUAAUUGUAUGUUUUUAUUUAUUUGUUUAUUAGAAGUGGCAUUUAUGAUACACCUGGUACACUGUGUCUCAUAGGGACCACAGUGGGCAGCUUGUCACCUUAAACUGUGAGUGUUGCUUCAAAGUAAUUUAUAAUGUAAUAUUAAAUGUCUAUUUGAUGGUCACAUCCCCUUAUGUGCAGUAACUCUUACAUGUAAUAUUGUAAUAUGUACUACUGACAUUGUAAAUAAAGAUUUUAUAGUAAAGAUAUGUAGGCUGAAACUGGACAGUUAAAAGGGGCCUAAAACUGCCUGGUUAUUGGUAUAUUUAUGUAUGACUUCCUCUGUCUUUUUUUGUAUUUUGUCACAUUGCUAAAAGGGAACAGCUGUUGAGGUUGUGAUUUCAGUUGCCUUAUUCUCACAUGCUGAUGGUGUAAAGAUUAAAAAGAGUACUUUAUAGACAGCAAGAUUUACAAUGAAAUGAAUGUGUUGUUGGGUUUGUUGUAAAUAAAUAAAACACUAAAAUCUA